AUGUUCAAGCGCUGCGAUCGAAGCCGUGGCGACCGCAAAGUUCGCUUGGCUGGCCAUGACGAGUCCGAGUCAGAGUCCGAGUUCGACACUCAUGAGUCCGCAACAAGCCAAAGUGAGGCAGAAUCCGCAGUCCCUUCACCAAAUCCCGAAUUCGACGGACCUUUCUCAGGAGGAGCAGCCCAGGGAGACUCCCAUCAUGGACGCCCCGAAACGUGGCUGCCGCUGAAGCCCAACCCGGCUCGUCACCAUGCCUACGACCACGAUGAAUUCGACUUUUCCGAGUCCGCAUCAAGCCAAGGCGAGUCAGAAUCCACCGUCUCUUCACCGACAGCAGAAGAUGUCUACAGAGAAUCACGACAUCAUCACCAUGACUACCACCGCGACGAAGCCGGAAGCCCCUCUCCUCAGGAAAGAAAACGCAGCAGAAGAGGCCGCCAAGCUGGCGACAUCCGCACAUUCUCGUCGAUAAGCCAGCUACGGGACCGCUCUGGUGACUCCAAAGACCUCAGCUCAGGUGGUAGUGGUGAUGGUCCGACCAUCAACAUCUCAGGACCGGGAGUUGAUGACCCGUCCGGGGGACCAUCGCCUUACCAUCUGUACGACGACACUUAUCUGGUGCCCGCAGCAACUCGGACCCGGACCGCGACCGCAUUUCUCGUGCCCGCCUCCCAGCUGGACCGCAUCACGAGCGAGGCCUUGCGAGAAGGGCGACAGCACUUUGACUCCUCCUCCAAGAAGAAGAAGUCCAGCAAGAAGGACAAGAACGAGUAUGUCGAAAAAGAAGAGUACUACGAGAACAAAACCCCGUCUUCCUCAUCAGGCCAGCACCAUCAAGAUUCUAUCACCUGCUCCGUCUGCCACGAAGCACUGAGCCGCGAGGACUUCUCGGCCGACGAGCUCAAGUACAAGAACGCAAAGUGCGGGAUGCACACCGAUAUCAAGCGGAUCGAUAACUUCCUGUUGAAGUACUGCGCGCAGUGCCGCACGUACCGGCCGCUGCGCAAUUUCUGCGACCUUGAGGAUGCGGAUUGUCGGGACCAUGAUGUUGGAUAG